AUGCAGCCCUCCCUCCACCUCGCCUCCCUCCCCUCCCUGGAGCCCCACCGCCUCCCUGCUACCCCCUCCUCCACUGCCCCUUCCCCACCCUCGCCGCCGGCCGGCCACCUCGCAGGAGAAGGCUCCAGCCACGGGAGCAACUCCCAGCCACGCCUUCGCCAUCCUCCAUUCCGCCGCGUGGUCGACCCCGACAUCUUCCUUUCCAAGCUCCGGUCCUCCCCGGGCUGGAAACGACACAACGCGGCCCACUCCGCAUCCGUCAUCGAUCCACUCUAUCGGCUGGUCCUCCUCAGUAGUUCGUCCCGAGUUCUCUGCCUUGUCACCGGCGCGGGGCAAGCAGUCAACAGGCUCCUCAUGGCCGGCGUGGGGGACGUCACCGGUGUUGAUCUCGUUGACUUACCUCCCCUUGUGCUCCGUGCGGACCCGUGCAACCUCCCGUUCUUCGACGAUGCCAUCAACCUCGUCCUCUCCAACUACCCGACAGCAUUGACCGACGCGCUCUUCCUGUCCAGGUUCGCGUCUGAGAUCGAGCACAUCGUUUGCCGUGGUGGCGCAAUCACGGUCGCCGUCAACCGACGCGUCGACCUGAACGUUGUCGCCUCCAUCUUCAGAAAGUCAUGCCUCGUCGAUGUUAGGAAUGCUUCCUUGGAUGUCUCCGCGACCAGCAUAGUAAUCAUCUAUGCCAACUAG